AUGGCUUCUGGCAAAACCGUCCUCAUCACCGGCUGCACGCCCGGUGGUAUUGGCCAUGCUCUUGCUCUGAAAUUCCACGAGGCUAACUACCAUGUCAUCGCCACCGCCCGUCGCGCCGAGGUCCUUGAGGAGCUGACUGCGAUGGGCAUGAGCGCCGUCUCGCUCGACGUCACCUCGAGCGCGAGCAUCGAAAAGUGCAAGGCCCAAGUCACCGAGAUUACUGGCGGUACCCUCGACAUUCUCGUCAACAAUGCCGGCCUCCUUUACAUGCUCCCCGCGACCGACAUCAACAUGGACGGCGUGCGCGCCACGUUCGAGACCAACGUGUUCGGCGUCAUGGCCAUGUGCCAGGCCUUCAUCCCGCUGCUGAUCCCCGCACGGGGUCUCAUCCUCCAAGUCUCCUCCAUCUCCGCCGUCGCCGCCGACCUCUACGCCAGCGUCUACAGCGCCACCAAGGGCGCGCUCAACUCGUACUCGCGCAGCCUGCGGCUCGAGCUGCGCCCGUUCAACGUGCGCGUCAUGGUCGCCGUCACCGGCACCGUCAAGUCCCAGAUUGCGACCAAGAUCGCCCAGCAGCGGCUACCGGAGGGCUCGCUAUACGAGCCGGUCAACGACAUCUACGUCAAGCGCCACCAGUUCAGCCAGGAGACGAUCCCGAUGGACACGGACGUGUACGCGGCGCGCAUCGUGGCGCAGGCGAGCAAGGGCGAGGGCUGGCUGGGCGGCUGGCUGGGACGCUCGCCGGACUGGUACUGGACGGGGGGGAUCGCGCGAAGGACGUGGUUCGGGCAGUACCUCCCGACGAGUUGGACGGAGGGUAUGGUGGCGGCGCUGUCGGAGAAUGACGAGAUUACGAAGCGUAUUCAGGCGGCGCAGCAGAAGACGGGUUGA